UGGGUUUAAAAGAUAUUUUAAAUAUGCAACUUUCCCUUUUCUUCCGGUAAAAUUUGUAUCCCUCAAAAGAAAUGGCGGAAUCUUCAGAGAAGACGAAAAACGAGGCACUGAAAAUAAUCGAAACAUUCCAAAUUCUCCCAAAACUAGUCGUUUUCGAUCUCGAUUACACUCUCUGGCCAUUCUACUGCGAAUGUCGAUCCAAACGCGAAACGCCAUCUCUCUAUCCCCACGCCAUGGGAAUCUUGUUGGCUCUCAAGCACAAAGGAAUCGACAUUGCAAUCGCUUCUCGAUCGCCAACUGCAGAUAUUGCUAAGGCUUUUCUCAACAAAUUGGGAAUUACCUCAUUCAUUGUUGCUCAAGAAAUAUAUUCUAGUUGGAGUCAUAAAACGGAUCAUUUUCAGAGGAUUCAUUCGACUACUGGAGUUUCGUUUCAGGAUAUGCUCUUUUUUGAUGAUGAGAAUAGGAACAUUCAAGCGGUCUCUAAAAUGGGAGUGACUAGCAUUUUGGUUGAUAAUGGAGUAAAUCUCGGAGCCCUAUCUCAAGGUCUUACACAGUUUUCUCGAAACUGUAAUACAUCACAGAAGAACAAGCAGAAAUGGCUUUCCAACUAUUCUAAAAAGCCAGAUUCUUCCAACCCUGCCCCAUCAAAUUCAACGUCCAAGUAAAAAAUUUCUCUGGAUUUUAUUUGGAUUCUUGAUGAAUUUGAACAUAUGUUGUAAUUGUUAUUACUUGAAUGAUAGUCUCAAUCAAAUUAUCCAAUCAAUACAAAAGUUAGGUAGCUUUGAAGGCACCACCUUCAUUUUCAUGUAACAUUAUUACGACGGAACAUGCUAUCUUGUUGCUUAUGAUGCUGUUGUACUCAUGCAUUAAUGUUACUUUGCGUCGUGCUAGCUCUGCUGUCUAUAUUGACUGUGUUGAGGAACACAGAAGUUUAAUUGCUCCA